AUGCGGGACGCGCGCGUGGAGCGUGCCGAUGAGAGCUACUUUGACUCCUACGGCCACUUUGACAUCCACCGCACCAUGAUCUCCGACAAGGCGCGCUUGCUGCCCAAAUUCCGCAUAAAACCUGCAUCACAUGUCCGGACGGACGCGUAUCAGCGGGCACUCGAGGGCAAUCCAAUGCUCAUGAAGGGUGCUGCAGUGCUGGACGUGGGCUGCGGCACAGGCAUCCUCUCCAUGUUUGCUGCGCGCGGCGGGGCUGCCCAGAUCACAGCUGUGGAGGGCAGCAAGCGCAUGGCCGAGCAAGCGCGCAGCAUUGUGGCUGAGAACAAGUUGGACAGCGCCAGCGGGGGCCCCAUCACAAUUGUGUCUGCGCGCAUGGAAGACACGUUCAUGAACUUGUUGCAGGUGGACGUCAUUGUGUCAGAGUGGAUGGGCUACGCGCUCUUCUUCGAGUCCAUGUUGGACUCUGUCAUUUACGCUCGCGACAGGUGGUUGAAGCCCGGGGGAGCCGUGCUGCCAGACCUGGCGUCCAUCCACAUGGCAGGUGCCGGCGCAGGCGCGCUGGAUCUGGAAUUCUGGAACGAUGUCUACGGCUUCAGCUACCGCCCUGUGCAGAACCUGCUGCUUGAGGCCUCUCUUAAGGACGCCAUUGUGGCGCCUGUGGACGCGCGGCACCUGCUGACGGCCCCCUGCUGCCUGCGCUCGUUUGACAUUGCCACCAUGAGCGCCGCCGACACCGAGUUCAGCACAGAGUUUGUGCUCGAGGCAGCGCCGUCGGCGACGGGGGCGGCCGCAGAGUGCCACGCGCUGGUGCUGUGGUUUGACACGGAGUUCAGCGCGAGGUUCUGCAAGGAGCAGCCGGGGCUGCUGUCCACCUCACCGCUCACCCAGCAGACGCACUGGGCGCAGACCAUCCUCACCCUGCGCGAGCCUGUGCUCCUGCAGACCCAAGCCGCAGCAGCAGAGGGCGGUGCGGCGAGCCUGCGCGGCCGGCUGAGCUUCGGGCGGAGCGACAAGCACCGCUGCCUGGACAUCUCGCUGGAAUGCCAGGCCUACUCCGCGCAGGGCGCCCCCGCGGGCAGCCUGCAGACGCAGCUGUACAGCAUCGCGACCGCGGGCAACUGA